AUGGCUGUUUUGACAGUGAUAAUUGGUGGUGUUUUGGGGGUUUGCCUGUUGAUUACACUUGUUCUGAGAUGGAAUGAAAUGAAGUACAAGAGGAAAGACCUACCUCCUGGUACCAUGGGUUGGCCACUUUUUGGUGAGACAACUGACUUUCUUAAACAAGGACCCAGCUUCAUGAAAACCCAGAGAGCAAGGUAUGGAAGUGUGUUUAAGACCCAUAUAUUGGGAUGCCCUACCAUUGUAUCAAUGGAUCCAGAAGUGAACAGAUUCAUACUGAUGAAUGAAGGCAAAGGAUUUCCUCCUGGCUACCCACAAUCCAUGGUUUAUAUUUUGGGGAAAUCAAACAUUGCUUCUGUUAAUGGAGAUGCCCACAAGAUCAUGAGAGGUGCAUUCUUAUCACUUGUCAGCCCUCCCAUCAUCAGACACCAAAUCCUACCCAAAACUGAUGCUUUCAUGAGAACCCACCUCACUAAUUGGACUCAUCAAACCAUUGAUAUACAACAGAAAACCAAAGAGAUGGCUUUUCUAUCUUCACUUAACCAAAUUGCUGGAAUUGGAUCAAGUCCUUUAUCAAAGGAAUUCAUGGCUGAGUUCAUGAAGCUUGUAUUAGGAACUCUUUCGCUACCUAUCAAUAUACCGUUCACGAAUUAUCAUCGCGGUUUACAGGCAAGGAAGAAAAUUGUAAGAAUGCUUGAGGAAUUGAUUGAAGAUCGAAGAAAAUCUCAAGAAAUUCAUGAAGAUAUGCUUUAUUCAUUGAUGAAUGGUGUCGACAACAGAUACAAAUUGAGUGAUGAAGAGAUAAUUGAUCAAAUUAUCACGAUACUGUAUUCUGGGUUCGAGACUGUUUCAACUACUUCGAUGAUGGCUAUCAAGUAUCUCCAUGAUCAUCCAAGAAUUCUUGAAGAAUUCAGAGAAGAACAUAGACGAAUCAGAGAGAAGAAGAAGGCUGAGGACCCACUUGAUUGGGAUGACCUCAAGUCCAUGACAUUCACUCGUGCGGUGAUACUUGAGACAUCAAGAUUGGCUACAAUCGUAAACGGGGUUCUGAGGAAAACCACAAAAGAAAUGGAACUCGAAGGGUAUAUCAUUCCAAAAGGAUGGAAAAUAUACGUAUAUACAAGAGAAAUGAACUAUGACCCAUGUCUAUAUCCGGAUCCAUAUACCUUCAAUCCAUGGAGAUGGCUGGAUAAGCCACUGGAGACGGAAAAUUACUUUUUCGUAUUUGGAGGUGGCACCAGACGGUGCCCUGGAAAGGAGCUUGGCAUUGCAGAAAUCUCCACAUUCCUUCAUUACUUCGUAACCAGAUACAGAUGGGAAGAAGUUGGAGGAGAUGAAAUAACGAAAUUUCCAAGAGUCGAAGCACCAAAUGGUCUACAGAUAAAAGUUUCUCCUUAUCGACAUUGUUAUUGA